AUGGCUUCUGGUGAACCUUCCAGUCCGGCCAAGCCGUCCACGCCGACCCGGAGGACCGUCUCUGCGCAGCCCGUGCUACAGGGACAGCAAAUACCGACUUCACUACCGCGUGCGACAAGCUUCGGCACGUCGCCGUCACGCCAGUCGACCCACGACAGACUCAACGACAUUCUCGAGGUCGGCAUACGGCGCGCCAGCUCCAUGAACCUUCGUGACCUUUCUCCGAAAUCGAGCCCCAGCAUGCCUUUUGACAAUGAGCCUCCCAUGUCCGACCAGGUCGAUGGACCCGACGAGACAACGAGCUUCGGUGCGGCUAGGAACACCAUGAACUACCAGGCCACACAGACGACGUCGAGCCUACGUAUACGUCAACCAUCCUCCCGGUCUGAGGCGAAUCCUGCGAGUCAGAGUGGGAGCACAGCAGUUCAUGAUGCCGAAAAGAAACACUGGUUAUGGGACGCCUUGGACGGCUUCUGGUCGAUCGAGCUGGAGAACAAGGGCAGUGUUGCCAGGGAUCAUCUGGCCGUGGAACGAACAUUCCUCGCUUGGAUGCGGACUUCCCUCGCAUUCGCCUCGAUCGGCAUAGCCAUCACCCAACUGUUCCGGCUCAACUCUUCUCUGGCCAAUGAGGCAGCCAAUCAGCAUUUUAGACGCCUGGGAAAGCCGCUCGGCAUAACCUUCAUCGGUAUAUCGAUACUGGUAUUGUUAUUGGGGUACCAGAGGUUUUAUCAGCCCCAGCAAUGGCUUUUAAAGGGGAAAUUCCCAGCAUCUAGAGGGCCUAUCAUCCUAAUAUCUCUUGUAUCAUUUGCUCUUAUGCUUGCCAGUCUCGUUGUAGUUAUCAUCCAUCUAAUCGGUAAUACUGCCAUGUGUUGA